CUCCCUCUUAAAGUUGCUUCUUCUUCACCUCUCUCUCUCUCUCUCUCUCUCCACAACCCCUCCCCAAGGAUUCUGUUUUGUCUUCUCUUCCAUGGAGGCUAUACGUCGGCAGAGCCCAACAUCGGGCUUCUUCUCCCCCGAGACGGGGAUAUACCGCAGCAAGCACCGGCCCGCCGCCCUGCCUCAAGACCCUUUCGUGGACCUCGUCUCCUACGUCUUCUCUUUCCCCCACCAAGGAGUCACCGCCCUCGUCGACUCCAGGUCCGGCGCCUCCAUCGCCUACGCCGAGCUCCGCGGCAUGGUUCGCUCCCUGGCCGCCGGCCUCAGCCGGGUUGGAAUCACCAGUAAGGACGUCGUCCUGGUCAUGCUGCCCAACAGCAUUCUCUUCCCGGUCGUUUUCCUGGGCGUUCUCUCGGUCGGCGCCGUCUUCUCUACCAUGAACCCGCUGAGUAGCGCCGAAGAGAUCAAGAAGCACAUGAGCCUUUGCCGCUUCACCUUUAUCUUCACCGUCCCCAGCAACGUCGCGAAGCUGGGCGGAUUGGGUGUCAAGAUCGUCACGGUGCCGGAGGAGCCCGAGUUCGACGCCCACAAGUUCGUCCUCUUCAACAGUCUCAUUUCGAGCGAUCCCAACGACGCCCCGAGGCCUGUCAUCCGUCAGACCGACACCGCCGCGAUACUCUUCUCCUCCGGCACCACUGGGGCCAGCAAAGGGGUCGUUCUUACGCACAGGAACCUUAUUGCUACGGUCGAGCUUUUUGUUCGGAGCGAAGCUUCACUGUAUGGUAGUGAGAGCUGGAGGAAUGUUUACCUCACAGCCAUCCCCAUGUUCCAUGUGUAUGGUCUUUCCCUCUUCUCCAUGGGGCUCCUGUCGUUGGGAUCCACCAUUGUGGUGAUGAGAAAGUUCGAUGUGGAGGAGGCAGUUCGAGCUAUCGAUGCGUUUAAGGUCACUCAUUUUCCUACUGUCCCACCGAUAAUGACGGCCCUGAUAAGGGCCAAGGGUGCCACCGGCUGCCGAUUGCAGUCCCUCGUGCAGGUUUCAUGUGGAGCGGCUCCGAUUGCCCCAAAAACUAUUCAUGACUUCUUGAAGGCAUUUCCUCAUGUUGAUUUCAUUCAGGGGUAUGGCUUGACAGAAUCUGCUGCAGUAGGAACUCGUGGUUUCAAUACAAUAAAUUGUAGAAGGCAUAUUUCUGUGGGAUUGCUAGCUCCAAACAUGCAAGCUAAAAUUAUUGAUUUAGAGACAGGGUCUUGUUUGCCUCCUGGUACAAGUGGGGAGCUGUUGCUUCAUGGAGCAGCCAUUAUGAAAGGCUACUUAAAUGACGAUAAUGCAACUUCAUCAGCAAUCAUCGAGGAUGGUUGGUUAAAAACAGGGGAUAUUGCAUACUUUGAUGGAGAUGGAUACUUGUAUAUAUUGGACCGUCUGAAAGAGACCAUCAAAUACAAAGGAUUUCAGAUAGCACCAGCUGAUUUGGAAGCGUUGUUGAAUGCACAUCCUGACAUCGUGGAUGCUGCAGUGACAGCGGCUAAGAACGAAGAAGCUGGGGAGAUACCAGUGGCAUUUGUAGUUACGAGGUCAGGAAGCAAGCUUUCAUCCACCGAUGUUAUCGAGUUUGUGGCAAAGCAGGUGACUCCCUAUAAGAAGGUUAGAGAGGUGGUCUUCGUCAACUCGAUUCCCCGAUCACCAGCAGGAAAGACACUAAGAAGGGAACUGCGAGACACUUUAGCUGCUUCCAGGAUGUAAUUCGACUGCAGGACAGAAAAAGAAAGUCCAACCCCCUCCCUUGGUUGCAAUUUGACCUCACCAUAUGCAUCUUUAUCUAAUUUUUUUGCAGAGAAUAAAUAAUAUAAUUUCUA